AUGCCCAACAACAACAGUUUCUACAAUAACAACAAUCACGGCAGACGCCUUCAGCCGUACGUUUUGGGUAUGGCACGCCUGCGACUUGAAUUGCAACAGCAGCAGUUGAAGCAACAGCAGCAGCAGCGACUAUAUAGCCAACAGCUAAAUGGCAACAUUGCCCUCACGCCGAUGUCGCUAAGUGCCACACAAUCACAAGCACAAAUGUUGCACAUAGCCACGACGACGACGACGACAACGGCGACUGCUCUGAGGCCAUUGGUUGCAGCCACAGCCAGUGUUGGUGUUGAUAAUCACUGCAGUAGAAAUUACAACAGCCUUAGCAUGCCCAACAACAACAGUUUCUACAAUAACAACAAUCACUGCAGACGCCUUCAGCCGUACGUUUUGGGUAUGGCACGCCUGCGACUUGAAUUGCAACAGCAGCAGUUGAAGCAACAGCAGCAGCAGCGACUAUAUAGCCAACAGCUAAAUGGCAACAUUGCCCUCACGCCGAUGUCGCUAAGUGCCACACAAUCACAAGCACAAAUGUUGCACCUAACGCAACAACAAAAAUGUGAACAACUCGAGCAAACACAACAACAGCAACAAUUUAAACUCAAAUAUCACCAACAUCAAACAUUGCAACAACAAAAACAACAGCAACAACAACAGCUUUUGUUGCCCAUUAAUUUAGUGCCGCGCAUUUCGAAUUGUUUUAGUAGUAGUAGUAUUGGUAAACGCAAUGCGGCUGCUGUUGGUGCUGCCACUACCGUCGACGGUGGUGAUGGUUGUGGUGGUGGUACUAGCAGCGGCUGCAAUGCUUCUGCGGUCGUAAGGAAAACGACAAGAGCCGCAACAACAACAACAACAACAACAACAUCUACAGCAAGAAGCAUAUUGCUAACACCGUCAUAUUUAAAAUCCAUUGUUAAGCUUUGCUAA